UACUAAUCGGAGAAGUUUCUUAAAUUCUCUUCUUGUCAUAAUCUGAAGAAGCUGCUCCUAGUUUGCUCAAAAUAUGGAAGGCUUGCGCACUGCACAAUAUGCAGUGCACAUCUACUGUACCCAGUGUGCACGGCACUGAAGUGGUACGAUUCAGAAGAUGACGCGAGGUGUCCGUACCAGCCUCAUUUCUUCAUUCAGCAAAUACCACAGAGCUCCGUGAGCUGAAAGCGAGCAUGAGGCGCGUCGUGUGGUUUCAUGUGGUCAACCGCGAAGGAGAAGAGAAGGCUGGACCAACCAAAGCGUAUGAUCUACCUGCCGAUUCAUGUGUUGAUCGUCUCCGCCAACCUUCGGGUCUAUAAGGACACCACGUCACGACGCAACAAGCAACCGUUACACCCCAGCACACUGCUAGCCGAUAUUGAAGGCGAGACAACACUCAUUGUGGAGUUACCACCGCCAGACCAGCCUCUUUUCGAGCAGCGCGGAGUGAUUCGUAAGCGAUUCGAGGAAUGGUUUGCGUCCGAUAUGCUGAUAUCUACACCUAAGCGAAUCAAACUCGACGAUGCUGAAGAAGAUAUAGACGACGAUAACGAUGAUGACGACGACGACCACGUCAGCAGUGACAACAGCGCUAGGGCCGACACCGAAGCUAAAGAUCAGGACGAGGUAGCAUCCGCUCAACAAAUCCGGUACUUCGAUAUGGCCGAUUUUCCGCCGCUUGUCAGUUCAGCGGAUCGCUUUAAGAGGGUCAUGGUGCGCGAGACCUACGACGUUAUCUUCAAUGGGGUGGUGGAACACGUGCAACAUUGUUUGGAAAACCAAUGUGCGGGACGUGUUGUUGUGACAGGCAACCCCGGCGUUGGUAAGAGCCGAUUCUUUCUCUACUGUGCGUUUCAGUUGAUCAAGGCGCAACUUGAAGUUGUCAGGUCUCUGCCUCCAUUCGAACUGGUGUUGAACUGUGAGAAGUGCUACUUCCUUUAUGAAGCCGAUAAGCAAGCGUUCGGAUAA